CUGUCUCCUGCCGGUGUUUCAUUGGCCGCUGAUACCCGUCCCCCGGUAGCCACCUCUCGGCUCUGGCUGCCCGAGCCCGGCGGCUGAGCCCCUCGCCGGGGGCAGGGACCCGGCGGCCUGAAGCUGAGGGACCCUCACCCCAGACGGACUUCAUCGGGCUCCAGAGUGGGCCCCAGUCCCGCAGCAGUCCCGGAGGGGGCGAUGGGCAGGUCCAGAGAGAAGGGCUUGCGUCUCCGGUAGUGCAUGGUGGGACUCGCUCCCUCCUGGGACUGCUUUGCUCAGUUGCUUUGCAGAAAGGGAAAGGGGGAAAACAUGACACGGAUUUUCCCGAUGAAGCAGAGGAAAAUGUACAUCCCAACGACACAUUUCUAACAGAUCCUGAGAGGACACUGCCUGAAGCCCUCAUCCCUGUCUUUGCUAUGGACACUUCUGCUUUCAGCCUUCCCACACCCGCACUUGUGGAGGAGGGGAAUGCCUCUGGCAGCUGGGCAGGCUUCACCAUCCUCAACAGCUCCACCACCACCAGCCCUGGUGUGGUAGUCAGUGGUGUCCUCAUCCCCCUGGUCUACCUAAUUGUCUGCGUGGUGGGUCUGGUUGGGAACUCUCUGGUCAUUUACGUGGUCCUGCGGCACUCUGUGAGCGAGUCGGUGACCAAUGUCUACAUCCUGAACCUGGCCCUAGCUGAUGAGCUCUUCAUGCUGGGCCUGCCAUUCUUGGCUGCACAGAAUGCCCUGUCCUACUGGCCAUUUGGGUCUUUCAUGUGCCGCCUGGUGAUGGCCGUGGAUGCCAUCAAUCAGUUCACCAGCAUCUUCUGCCUGACAGUGAUGAGUGUGGAUCGCUACCUGGCUGUGGUGCACCCAGGGAAGUCCUCCAAAUGGCGUACUGCACGGGUGGCCAAGGCUGUGAGUGCCACUGUGUGGGUGCUGUCUUCCAUAGUCGUGCUGCCCGUGGUGGUCUUCUCAGAUGUCCCUUUAGGGAUGAGCACAUGCCACAUCCAGUGGCCAGAGCCUGCCUCAGUGUGGAGAGCUGGCUUCAUCAUCUACACUGCCACCCUGGGCUUUUUUGGGCCACUGCUGGUGAUUUGUCUCUGCUAUCUUCUUAUUGUUGUGAAGGUUCGUUCCUCUGGCAGGAGGGUGAGGGCCCUGUCCUCCAAGCACAAGCUUUCAGAGCGCAGAGUGACCCGCAUGGUGGUGGCUGUGGUGGCUGUCUUCGUCCUUUGCUGGCUUCCUUUCUAUGUCCUCAACAUAAUCAAUGUUGUCUGCCCGCUGCCAGAGGAGCCAUCCCUCUUUGGUGUCUACUUCCUUGUGGUGGUGCUGCCGUACGCCAACAGCUGUGCCAAUCCUAUCAUCUAUGGCUUCCUCUCCUACCGCUUCAAGCAGGGCUUCCGGAGGGCCAUCUUCAGGCCGUCUCGCCGAGUGCAGAGCCAGGAGGUGCCAGCAUGCCUCCAAGAGAAGACUGUUGAUGAAGGGGAAGAGGGUGAGAUCAGCAAGAUCACCCAGAAUGGUAAUGACAGGCAGGAGCACCCGCUAAGCAGUGGGGAAGGAGAAAGCAAUGAGCAAAAACCCCUCCCUGAGGAGCCUGUGGGAUGCAAAAAGAGCAACAAGUUGCAUGUCAGUUAUUUAUGAUAAAAGAGAUGGUGCAGGGGAAAGAGACACUGGGACAUGGGAUCCCCUUCACCCUCUGUGCUUUUUGAUCUCCAAGGCAAUGGAAGACUUUGAUACAAGGAAAUAUGAAAGUCCAAGACUUUGCUUAAAGAUGUACAGUGCUGAAUGAAGUUGUGGAUAAAGCAAAUCAUUGUUCUUUGCUUUGGAAGGGACACCUGAGGUUUGUGUGGUACCAAGUAAGGGAUGGACAACACCCAGAGAGAGCUGAAGAGGUUAUGGACACUGACAGUAUCAAGAGAGCAAGGUCAGCCCUAGAUCACACGAUCUGUCUUUUGGUCACCCAACUGUAAAGGACAUCAGCUGCCAUCUGACAGUGCCACCUCAAGGAAGUCCUCAAAGGGCAUAUACCACAAAUAGGCAUCCCAGUGCCCUGAUUAUCUUCCUUAUAAACAUCACAAGUGGUUUACCCUAAAGAAAAACAGAAAGGAAAGAUGCCUCCAGU